CCCGUGGGGAGUGGUGGGGGCCUGGGUGGGAAGGGGCGUGUGCCAGCGCGCGCACGCGCGCUCCCGGAAAAGAGAGGUCUCGAAGCAAGCACGAGCGGCCCCAAUCCUUCGGAGGGGACUCUGAGGGGUGUUUGCCGGAGGCUGGAACCGGUGUCGACCAUGGCUGCCCUCCUCCUGCUGCCCCUGCUGCUGCUGCUGCCCCUGCUGCUGCUGAAGCUGCACCGCUGGCCACAGCUGCGCUGGCUCGCCGCAGACUUGGCCUUCACGGUGCGCGCUCUCCGCUGCAAAAGGGCUCUUCGAGCUCGCGCCCUGGCCGCGGCUGCCGCCGACCGGGAAGGUCCGGAGGGGGGCUGCAGCCUGGCUUGGCGCCUGGCGCAACUGGCGCGGCAGCGCGGCGAGCACACCUUUCUCAUUCACGGCGCCCGGAGCUUCAGCUACGCGGAGGCAGAGCGCCAGAGUAACCGGGCUGCGCGCAUUUUCCUGCGCGCGCUAGGCUGGGAUGGGGGACCCGGCGGCCGAAGCGCAGAGAGCGCCGGGGAAGGCGAGCGGAGCGCGCACAGCGCCCGAGACGCUGCGGCCGGAAGCGGCCGGGCGCCUGCCGAGUGCAGUGCGGCCCGUCUGGCACCCGGGGCGACCGUGGCGCUGCUCCUCCCCGCCAGCCCAGAGUUCCUGUGGCUCUGGUUCGGGCUGGCCAAGGCCGGCCUGCGCACAGCCUUUGUGCCCAGCGCUGUACGCCGUGGCCCCCUGCUGCACUGCCUCCGCAGCUGCGGUGCGCGCGCCCUGGUGCUGGCGCCAGAGUUCCUGGAGUCCUUGGAGCCUGACCUGCCGGAGCUAAGGGCCAUGGGCCUCCAGCUGUGGGCUGCAGGCCCCGUGAGCCAUCCUGCCGGGAUCAGCGAUAUCCUGGCCGGGGCAGCUGCAGAAGCGGAGGGGCCAGUGCCAGGAUACCUCUCUGCCCCUCAGAGCAUGGCAGACACCAGUCUGUACAUCUUCACCUCCGGCACCACGGGCCUCCCCAAGGCUGCUCGGAUCAGCCACCUGAAGAUCCUGCAGUGCCAGGGCUUCUACCAGCUGUGCGGCGCCCGCCCGGAGGACGUGAUCUACCUCGCCCUGCCGCUCUACCACAUGUCGGGCUCGCUGCUGGGUGUCGUGGGCUGCUUGGGCAUCGGGGCCACGGUGGUGCUGAAGUCCAGGUUCUCAGCCGGGCAGUUCUGGGAGGACUGCCAGCGGCACGAGGUGACCGUGUUCCAGUACAUCGGGGAGCUGUGCCGGUACCUCGUCAACCAGCCCCCGACGGAGGCAGAGCGUGGCCACAAGGUCCGGCUGGCGGUGGGCAGUGGGCUGCGCGCAGACACCUGGGAGCGCUUUGUGCGACGCUUCGGGCCCCUGCGGGUGCUGGAGACGUACGGGUUGACCGAGGGCAACGUGGCCACUUUCAACUACACAGGGCAGCGGGGCGCCGUGGGACGCGCCUCCUGGCUGUACAGGCGCGUCUUCCCCUUCUCUCUGAUUCGCUGUGAUGUCGCCACAGGGGAGCCGACUCGGGAUGCCCAGGGCCACUGUGUGGCCACGUCUCCAGGUGAGCCAGGGCUGCUGGUGGCCCCCGUGAGCCCGCAGUCCCCCUUCCUGGGCUACGCCGGGGGUCCGGAGCUGGCCCAGGGGAAGCUGCUGCGCGAUGUCUUCCGGCCUGGGGAUGUUUUCUUCAACACAGGGGACCUGCUGGUGUGCGAUGACCAAGGCUUCCUCCGCUUCCAUGAUCGAACUGGCGACACCUUCAGGUGGAAGGGGGAGAACGUGGCCACGACCGAGGUGGCGGAGGUCCUCGAGGCCCUGGACUUCCUCCAAGAGGUCAACGUCUAUGGCGUCGCCGUGCCAGGGCACGAGGGCAGGGCGGGGAUGGCAGCCCUGGUUCUGCGUCCCCCCCACACUCUGGACCUGGCGGAGCUCUACGCCCACGUCUCCGAGAACUUGCCGCCUUACGCCCGGCCUCGGUUCCUAAGGCUCCAGGCGUCCCUGGCGACCACGGAGACCUUCAAGCAGCAGAAGGUCCGCAUGACCAGGGAGGGCUUCGACCCAAGCGACCUGUCGGACCCCCUCUACGUCCUGGACCAGGCCGCGGGCGCCUACCUGCCCCUCACACCUGCGCGCUACAGUGCCCUGCUGGCUGGGGACCUGCGCAUCUGAACCUGCCAAACCCAAGCGCCCGGGGCAGGGACUGCGGGCGCCGUUGCCGUCCGGGGCCAUCAGGGAUCUUUUUUCUACUCCAGACGUACAGCCAUUGUUUUGUAAUAAAUGCAG